GACUGGCAGACCUCGUUUAUGACUCGAAAAAGCUUACCCUCAAAAAGGCGCCCCUAUCAUGAUGCUCUUCCAGCAGGUCUAUCUUUACUUUGGGACGCAGUGACAUGAGAGCAGGACAUCGGUUCUGACUAAGAAGGGGGAUGAACAACUCUCCGCCUGGAUUACGGUUGCUCAGGCCUCCAACGGUGAUAGGCCAGUUCCACACAUUGUUUUUCGGCUCUGUGCGUACGUUUUUCCUUGGGGUUCUUGGAUUCGCCGUCUAUGGCAAUGAGGCCCUGCAUUUCAGCUGUGAUCCGGACAAAAGGGAAUUAAACCUUUACUGUUACAACCAGUUCAGGCCUAUAACACCUCAGGUAUUCUGGGCAUUGCAGCUAGUCACUGUCUUGGUACCUGGAGCUGUGUUUCAUAUUUAUGCUGCAUGUAAAAAUAUAGACCAGGAGGAGAUCAUUCGACAGCCGAUGUCCACAGUCUUCUACAUAAUCUCUGUCCUAUUACGAAUCAUUUUGGAAGUCUUAGCAUUUUGGCUUCAGAGCCACCUCUUUUGUUUCGUGGUUGAAUCGACUUACAUGUGUGAUGCCAGUGCUCUUGCAAAGAUAUACUACAUCACAAAGUGUAUGGUCCCUCAACACUUUGAGAAGACCAUCUUCCUCAGUGCGAUGUACACCUUCACCAUCAUCACCCUACUCCUCUGUAUUGCUGAGAUUUUUGAGAUCCUGUUUCGAAGACUGGGCUAUUUAAACCAGCCAAUGACUUGAGAAUUUAGAAAAUUUUUGAGUGAUGAUUCCACAUUGUUAUUUUUGUUUGUUUCUUGAAUGGGUCUUCGUACAACCGGAAGGACUUAAAGCGACAUAUCUCUGCUUUUUUCGUAGACACAGGAAGAGCUACUUUUAUUAUUAUUUGUAUUUUUGUUAAGAAUUGUCCAUUUAUAGACUUAUAAUAGCCAGCCAAAACUACUAAUAUUUAUAAGCAAUUAUUAUUCAUACAAUAUAAUUUCAUGUUUAACAUAUACUUGAUAUUAAAGUACAACACAAAUUGCAAGUUCUAUUUUGACACAUUUUAUUAGCAUAAUUAUUGAUUGUUUUGAAAGGAAAGAAGAGAGAAAAGGUUGAGAACAGGCAAAUAAAUAUUAUUUUUGGGACCGUAAUUGAUUGGUCCAUGGAAAUAACAAUCUUUACAUCACAACCUGGUCACAUCCAUGGACAUUGAUAGUAUGCAUUGAUAGUAUGAUGAUGCAGUUGAUUUCCAUAUAGUUUUUGAGUCCAUUUGAGAAUAAACUUGGGUGUUUGUUGUAUUUGAUUCUGUUUGUUUUUAUCAGGCGUCCAUCCAACUUUUGUUAUUAUUCUCAGCUAUUUAUUUAAUCUCAGGUACAAAAUGACAAACUGUGAACUAUUAUUUUCAGGCAGAGGGCUACUGUCUACACUUGAGAAAACUGCGUUUGAGUUUUGACUGUUUGGCCUGCAUCUCUUCACAGUUGCCCUUCCACCGUUUUAGAGCUGUUUGAGUAAUAGUUUUUGUUUGUUUAGAGGGUUGAUCAUUUAUAUUUGUUUUUAAUCACCAAAUUUCCAUGGGAUUUAAGAUAUCAUUAUGUAAUAAAAAAUCUUCAGAUAGGUAAAAGAGUUGGUGCAUACAGUAUAUAAUGACUGACAUAAUGUAUAAUCAA